AAGUUUUGGAAAAAAUUAUUCACUAUCUCAAUCGAUACCUUAAACAAGGACACUUGAAUCUGUCCAAUCUUAAGCAUAUUGAGAAAAGAGUUGCUGAAGAUUUGGAUUUUGAGACUUUCCAAGAUAUUGGCUACGGCACUUUUUUAGAUACAAUAACAAAUGAAGAGAAAAUCAAGAAAGUAUGUAUAGCACCUAAUUCUCAAUUCCUUUAUUAAUCUCAUUUAAGAGAAAUAGUAUUUAUCUUGUCUUACUAAUAUGGUAAAUUAUAUUUUAAAUUUUAAUUCUUUGAAUUAGCUUCACAUUGAAUUAUAAUAUUAAAAAAGUGUGUAGGCCAAUUUUUACUAUUCCUAAUAUGGUGCUCUGAAGAUAAUAUUCUUUUAAUUACAUUAACAGAUAUUGCCAGCUUAUAAAAGCAACUUAGACUGAAAUAAUAAAUGCUUUAUGACAUCUGUUAAAUUAUUUUUAAGGAUAUAUAUUUGAAAAUUAACUUUUAAGUAUAAAACUAAAAUGAUAAGUAAAGCAUUUAAAUUCAAUAAAGCAUAAAGAAUAACAAUUUAAUUUAUUUAAAGUUUAGCAAUGUUUGAAAUUAGAUUCAGUUGCUGUUAUUUACCAAUGUUCGUAUAAAGGUCUUAGAAGAAAGUGGUGGAACCAUGCAAAGCUCUGCAGGUUGGGAACAACAUUCUAUGUACAGACCGUGUCUUAAGGAACUUUUGCAGUUCAUUUGUCAGGUUAAAGCAUCAGGUGUCACAGAGGUAAGUUGCUGUUGAAAAUAAACGUUCUUUUUUAAUACCUUCUUUACUAUAAAUCAUUUACCAUGGGAUAUCUGAUAUUGCAUUAAUUGGUGUACUGUGUGCUAAGAGUACACCAGAAAGAAUUUAUAUGGAGAAUAAAUUGGUCGAAAGAUUUUGUACACUCACUCCAUGAGACAUAAACCAAAUCUUUUCCUGUUUUGCGUUACAUUUUACUUUCACACAAUUCCUUUUAUUUUGUUUCUUAUUUAUGGUUGUAGGGGACUUUCCACCUGCUCUUUCCUCUUUUUUUCCCUUUGCCUUUUAUUCAAUUGUUGAUUUUCCAUGAAACACUUGUCCAAGCUUCUUAGGUAUGUUAUUUUCCAUUGAGAUUGCACCAACCUCUCUAGAUUGACAGAUACCAAAAAUUGCUUUCCAAAAUUAAACUUACAAUUUACUACUGAUAGUUUUCUAAAUAAACAAAGAGGUUUACUGACCUUUACUCAAAGAUUUUCAGGAAAAAAAAUGGACACUGCAGCACGUAUAUAAGGGACACUGCAGCACAUAAACAAGAAACAGUUAGCACAUAAACAAGAAACACUGCAGCAUGAAAUAAACAGUUUGUAAAAAAAAAUGAAAUAAAGUAAUUCCCUCUACAGCUUCAUCACAUUGAAAAUCUCAUCUCUGAACAUUAUCAUGUGAGCAACUUACAUUCCCUGGGUCAUGGUAGCAUAGCAUACCUGUACAGUGCACCUGAUAAGCCUGGCAAAAACUCAUCAACAUUUAUGGUGCAUUUUGAAUCUGCUCUGUUAGGGAAGUCCAGGUUAGUUGUCUAAUUAAUCUUAAUCACAUUAAGCGGGCCGUUUCCAAACUUUAUGAAUGUGGGGUGGAAAUUUUCAAUUCUAUUAUGGCUGCUGUUAAUAUUUCAUGAAAUAUCAAAACGUGUUGCAUUAUAAAAUGUUUCUUAUUGGUUGAUUUCAGAUUAUCUUCAACAAUGUUGAAAAAGUUUGUGCAUGUAAUAGACAAUGUUAUUUGAUAAAAUUUUUAAAAUCUUAUUUGUGGGAUUCUUCUAUUUGGUUGUUUUGUUAACUUUUCUAGAUUUAAAAACUUCAGUGAAGACGGUAAAAAUAUUUUCAUAUUGUUUUCUUCACUUAGGCUAAUAAGAAAAGUUCCGCCAUAAACUUUUAUUUCAGUCUAGAUCACAUUGGUCAAGCUAAGUUCGGCAUUCACGGUCAUGUUACAAGGGAGGCUGCCAUGGCUUGUU